AUGUCUCGAUUUGACUUGUUGUUUUUGUCGUUUUUCGCCAUAGCAUCGCGAAGUGCUAUGAGUGAUGAUACCUAUCAGCUUGGGUUUUUUGUACCGCUGGAUACGAUGUGCUCUGACUCUGUAUCUUUGGACAUCGCUGCUGGAGGAUUCCACCUCGCAAUUGAUGAGAUUAACAACCAGGGACUUGUGCCAGGUGUUCAACUGAAUUAUACUUGGACCAACGUACCAAACACUACUUUUAGUCUUACAACAAUGGCUGAUCAUUGGGAUGCAGGAUUCAAGGCUUUAAUUGGAACUGGCUGUGACUGUCUUCAUGUAGCAAGGACGGCUACUUCCCUUUACUUUACCAUUGCAGGCUAUAAUCAAAAUUAUGAAGCUGUAGUGUACUCUUCAACUACAUCUAAAGUAAUGGGUCAGGCUCUGAUAGGAUUAGAAUACCAGGGCUUCAACUUCACAGAGGGAUGUGAAGACGAAGAACCAAUUGAUAGGUCAGCUUUUAAUUUUGGUGGAUUCUUCCGAACCAAUCCUCCAAUGUAUCUUGUUUCCCAUGCAAUCUUGGAAGUACUUGACACAUUCUCAUGGCAGCUUGUCAGUGUAGUGUCAACGUCUGGGGACUCUUAUUAUGAUCAAGUGACAGAAGCAAUAUUGGAGAAACUUGAUGAAAAUGGUAUCAAUGUGCAACACUAUAAAGAAUUUAAUUCUACCUAUGAACCGUAUGAAAUUGAGGAUGAUCAAAUGUUUCCUGAUAUCAUUCGUGAAAUACGUCAAACAACAAGGAUUUAUAUCUUUAUUGGUGAGCCAUUGCAAUUAAGGAAAUUCUCAGUUGAGAUGCAAAAUCUAGGUGUACUCAAUGGAGAGAAUGUGAUCAUAGCGCCCUCACUAGAUUAUAAAAUUCAUGGAACUCAAGAUUAUAACAGUGUUUUAUCUACUGGUAGUGAUGAAAAUGAUCUGGCUACAAAAGCGAUGAGAUCUGUGUUGAUACUUCGUCAAAAACAUCACUGUCUGUCUGAUAGUGACUUUGACUAUUUUCGUGAUGAAGUCGUAGAAAGAACAAAACAAUACUUCUACAAUGACAUGUCUGUGAAUGUUGAGUACACUCAAAGAGCAUUCUUUGCCUAUGAUGCUACACUACUAGCAGCAAAGGCAGUUAGAAAUGCGUGGCUCAUAGAUGGUCUGAAUGAAGAAUGGGGAUAUUAUAUUGUUAAUGAUCAUGCAGUUAAUCAAACAUAUACCAGUCGUAGUGGUAUGAAUGUAACAAUUGAUAGCAAUGGCCAGGCAUUAGCUAACUAUGAUCUGUUAAGUUUCUCAUUAUUGGAGGACGAGCACAUUGAUGAUGUAUCUUUAUCUGCUGGUGAAGAUCGUGGUAUGAUUCCUGUUGCAGAUUUGACAUUCACACUUACCGAUUCAGAAUAUGUUGUGACUUAUGUAUCACAACGUAGUAUUGAGUGGCUUGGAGGAGCUGUACCACUUGACAGACCAGAUUGUGGUUUUUAUGGAGAGAAAUGCCGGCGUGAGUAG